AUGGGGCAUGGACCAUUAGGGGAGGCCUAUUUCUGCCUGAGCGUCUGCCUGCUCCCUCUGCUUCUGCAAGGUCUGGAGAUCCUGGACCCCGGGGAGGUGGUCUACGUGCGCACGGAGACCAAGGGGGUGGUGGGCCGCUCGGUGAUGCUGGAGUGCGGCAACACCCUGCCGGACGUCUACAUCUGGGGCUUCACGGCGCCGGGGAACGACCAGAUCCGCGCCGUGGUCUACAACUUCGGCCAGGGCCCCCGCCUCCAGAAGCUGGCCACCAGCCUCGGGGAGCUGAGCGUCAUCUCCGACUCCUCCUCGCUGCUCAUCGACAGGCUGCCGCUCUUCGCCCAGGGCCUCUACACCUGCCAGGCCCUGUACGACACCACCGAGGGCGCCAAGGUCUACUACUACUACGUCCGGCUGCUGGUUCUGGUGCCCGUGUCCAAGCCCUACAUCCUGGUGAGCGACACCUCGCCGGCGGAGGGCACGCACCUGUGGAUGCGCUGUAACCUCGACAACGGCACGGGCCCCAUAAACUACUCCUGGGAGCGGGAGAACCGCGACGGCGUCACCGCCAAGGUCUCCGAGGGCGACGUCAGCCUGAUGAACGUCACCGUGGUGAGCCGCAACCACACCGGCUGGUACCGCUGCCUGGCCAACAACGAGGUCAACCAGCAGCGCAGCGACCGCAUCUGGCUGGACAUCAUCUUUGGCCCUGAUGCUCCUCUGAUCGACAUCACCCCGUACUCUGUGACGGAGCGGGGCUACUCAGCCCUGGAGCGGGAGACGGUCACCCUGCAGUGCCGGGCCUCCUCCAACCCCCCCAGCCUGUACGUCUGGUUCUACAACAACUCGCAGGUCUACACCGGCCCCCAGUACACCAUCACCAAGAUCCUGCGCAUGCACACCGGCCAGUACUCCUGCCUGGCCCAGAACACGUACCUGAACACCCGCUCCAAGACCACCAUCACCCUCACCGUCUACUAUCCGCCUGACGGAAAUCCCACUUGCGCCAUUCUCCCCGGCAACAACUACACCGACCUGGCCCUCUGGUGCUCCUGGGCGGGGGGUUACCCCCAGCCCUCGUUGGCCUGGACUGGCACGGACCCCUUGGCGAACACGUACGGGUGGGAACGGUCUCCGGGCAAUGCCACCCUGAUGCAGCCUGGCGCCAGGACCGCGAACCGCGCCACGUUCACCUGCCUGGGCACGCACGUGGCCCUGAACACCACCGCCAGCUGCAACGCGACUGCACUGCUGCCCCCUGGUGAGCCGCAGUGCUCCGCGUACGCCACGCGCAACAACAUGUACCUGAUGCUGUCCUGCUCCUGGGAGGGGGGCACCCCCCGCGCCCUCCUGUGGUGGGCGUCCAGCAACGGGGCGCCGGAGGGCAGCUCCGAGGAGAACGCCAACAUCCUGGUCCUCCGGUCCAGCGCCACCUACAGCGGGAAGGCCUUCGCCUGCAACGCCAAGCACCCGCUGGCCAGCCCCAACAAACAGUGCACCUUGAAGCUGGAGGCUCCGGUCCUGGUGACCCAGCGCAGCGUGGUGUCCGUGUACGAGGGCAGCGACGUGCAGCUCGCCUGCGUCCUCAAGGCCAACUACCCGGCCACCGAGAUCACCUGGUACAACAACCUGCGGGACCAGGUGUGGGACACGCCCAGGAAGUACCUGCUGCACAGCGAGGCCGCCUGGUCCAACCUGACGGUGCGCGAGGCCGACGGGCUGCGGGACAGCGGCCAGUACUGGUGCUCCGCCACCAACGCCCUCGGGGGGGCCGAGAUUCCCAUCAUGCUCUACGUCAGGAAGUACCCAGCCCCGCCCAACGUGACCAUCAGCAAGAUCGUGUACAACAGCCGGCAGCGGACCGAGGUGGACCUGGAGUGGCAGACCCAGACCGAGGGGGACCUGACCGGGUUCUACGUGGAGCGGCAGCGGUCUCGAGCGCCGGGCGGAAAAUCGGGCGGCGCCACCGCCGCCCCCGCGCUCUGGCAGACGGUGGCCGACCUCCAGCCGGACGCCCGCAGCCACACGUUCCCCGGCCUGGACCCCGCCGCCACCUACGCCUUCCGCAUCACCGCCGUCAACCGCCGCACCGUCGGGCACCCGUCCGAGGUCAGGACCCCAGCGGACCCGCCCUUCAGCGCGUACCCGGCCGUCAUCGGAGCCGCCAUCGGGGGCAUGAUGGUGGCCAUGAUCGGCACCAUGCUGCUGUUCGUCUACAUCGUGAGGAACCGCAACAACAACAGACGCCUUCACGACUUGAUCUUUGGAAUGCAACACAGCCAGUCCAGGGAGAACAUCAACUUCCCGGAGGACGAGGCUGCUGGGGGGAUAGAGGGAGAUGAGGGUGCGGGGGAAGGGGGCCUCCCAGUGGCCGGGCAGAGCCCCCGAGCCACGAGACCCAGCUCUCACGCCAGCGCAGGACUAGCAGCGUCAUCGGCAAGCCCCGCCUCCAUUUCAGAAGGCCUGCCCCCUGGAGGUGGCGACGAACCCGUCAACGUCACCAUUACCGUCACGGCUACCAGCUGAGGACCCGCCCCCUCACAGACUUGUGUUUGGUUUGGGAGGCUCAGAGGAGGACUGAAUGAACAUUGGUCCUGCAAAACAUCCGUUUUACAGAUUACACGCAUUUCAUUGGCUGUUUCCACAAUGAAAUGCCGGUCUCCCAUCACACUACAACAAUAUAUUUUCACUUCAGUUUGACUCAUUUCUCUGAGAAUUUCUAAAUACAAAUAUAUUUAUUCACAAAAUGAAAAUAAUGUUUUAGGGAAAAAUUGGACAACACUAAAGUACACUAGCUCUUUUUUAAUAUGAUUCUGUCACAUUUCAUAUAACCCUUUUGUUCAGGACACCAUUUCCAUGGUAGGAUUUCAGAUAGCUACUUUGAAUUGAAUAUGACACCUCUCUGAGCAUUGGCUGUAACACUACAAUGCACUUGCAUAAGCCCAAUUCAGCCUUGUCAAUGGGGUGUGUAACGUGAGGAAACAGCUUAUCUCGAGAUGAAAGAGUUUUUGUUUUUGUUUUUU